UACUAUCCUUAUUUGCCGAUGAUACGCUACCCGCUACAAUUAGCGUGUGUACACUGUGAAACUUUAUAUUUUUAAUGGUAUUCUUUUCAAAAUUAAUAGAAGCGACGUCCGUUGACAUUCCUUCAUUCAGGAAGUGAUAUUAAAAUGGAUCGUUUUCUAAUCUAGGAGGAUUCACAAUAUAUUAUUCUGCAAAGGACUAAGCAUGGGACUAUAUGAAUAUGCCUUUUGUUCGAUAUUUUUCAUUCAGGUUUUAAACUUUAUUACAGGUCAACUGAUACCGCAAGAAGAGUUGAAAAAUGUCACAUCGUGUGGCCUUCCCAUAGAUGUAACAUGUGGAAGCAAUGAAAUUAUCGCAGUGCAUUCCUUGUACUUUUGGUACCAUGCGACUUGCUCUGGCACAUGCUGUAACUAUGACAGCAGUCACUUUAGUGCUGGUGCAGAUUCCGGCGUUAUCCAAGCUGUCCGUCGUAAGUGUUCGGGCGAAAAUGCAUGUAGCCUAGUCCACCUUGAUGGUAAUCGUGAUUUUGGAAGUGUGGGUGUCCAUGACCCUUCUUACUUUGUUGUAAAAUAUUACUGCAUACUUGCAUCGAGGAUUACUUCAAUUUGCUCAGGGGAAACGCUAACGUCAGCAGGUGAACCAGUGUAUCUAAUUAACGAUAAUUAUCCGUCCGUGACGACUGGGAAUAGCACGUGCGCGUGUUCAAUAGAAGUUUUCUCGUGUACGUCCAGUAUAAACCUUUAUAUACUUGAUGCAGACUUGUACUUAGAUGAAACAACUUGUGAUCAAACUAUUGACUUUGUCGAUGGUACAAAUACAUCCCUCAGUGUGAUCAAUUGUAAAUCUUAUUAUGACAACAGGAUAGAUGAAAACAGAUUUAACACCAAUUACUUGAAAAUUGAUUUUAUUGAUAAUUCUGAACACAAUCAAGAGGGAUACAUUUUCCUCGGAUUUGGAGUGUCUGAAACGGUUGCUUUUAAACUCAGCUGUCCAUACGAACAACAAUAUGUAUGCCGUGACUGUGGAGUUCCGGGCCCUAUAUCUCAUGGAAAAUUGGAACUCGUCGAUAGCAGCAACAGCAGUUAUGGUUCAUUAGCUAAGGUCAGCUGUGACAAUGGAUAUGAGUCAGAAGAUUCAACAGUCAGCUGUCUAGAUACAGGCCAGUGGGAAAGUGUUGCGUGUUUACUCAAAGAUUGUGGGACACCAUAUGACAUUUCCAAUGGCACUAUAACUCCUGUCAUCAAUGGGAGUGCAACCUUUGGCGCAAGAGCUAAUGUUAUAUGUGACGAAGGAUAUGAAAUAAAAGGAAAUUGUGCUGGUACCCAGUUUCAAUGUGGCGAUGGUUCGUGCAUCGACAACAGUUUGUGGUGUGAUAAUUUUCCAAGUUGUGACGAUAUGUUAGAUGAAUUAUUGUGUGAGGAUCAGCAGUCUUGUCUUGAAGGUCAAAUGUUAUGUGGUACGAGUUGUGUUGAUUCUCAAGUAGGCAUAACAUGCAAUGAUAGCGGUACAACGGCUGCUGAAGCAAACACUGGAACAAUUAGCUGUUUAGUGAUAGGGAAAUGGGAGAUUGUCAAAUGCUCAGCAAAAGAUUGUGGAGCUCCAGUAAAUGUAACUGGUGCAACUGUUACAACGUCAAGUAAUAACUUAGAAUCCUCUGUUGCUACAUACAUAUGUGGAGAAGGGUACACGCAUAUUUCCGGCGAUUUGCAACGGACGUGUAGAUCCGACAGUACUUGGAGUGGAUCACUUCCAACUUGCAUACCCGACUGUGGAAAUCCCCCUAAUAUUCCCUAUGGAAGUAUCACUUUAUUAGAAGACGGAAACACAACGUACAAUUCUACAGCUAGAGUUACAUGCCAAGAGGGUUAUAAGGCAAAGAAACAGAUGGUCACAUGUAAAGAGAGGGGGAGGUGGGAAAGUAGUUCAUGUGAACCAAAAGAGGAUACACACGAUGAUAAACAACAAACAGAGGAUGGAAAUGCUUCUUCGACCAUUCUGGUAGCCGUUCUGGUACCAAUAAUAGUCAUAGGCAUAAUAUUAGCAAUCUGUGUUAUUUGGAGAUACAGACAAAGAUUGUGUGAAAUAAUAAGUUCUAAAGGGCAUGAAAGCAUAUCAUUCAAGAAUGAAGAAGUUCUUCAGGAUCCAAAUGUAUCUUCCAAAAAUGAAGACAUUCUUCCAGAAAUUCCAGAAGUUCAGCCAUGUCAGGAUUCGAAAACUGAUGUCCAGACUAACGAAAUUGUGCCAGAAACACAAAAAUGUCAGGAAUCGAAUGUUGCUGUCAAGACCGAUGAAGUUCUGUCGGAAAAACAACAAUGUCAAGAAUCGAAUGUUGCUGUCAAAACUGAUGAAGAUCUGCCAGAAAAACAACAAUUCCAGGAAUCGAAUGUUGCUGUCAAAACCGAAGACGUUCUACCAGAAAAACAACAAAGACAAGAAUCGAAUGUUGCUGUCAAAACCGAUGAAGUUCUGCCAGAAAAGGACCCGAAUGUUGAUGCGAUGACUGAGAAUGUUCUGCAUGAAAAGCAACAAGGUCAGGAUUCAGAUGUCUCUGCUCCGAAUGACGAACUACCAGACAACCAACAAAGUCAGGUUUCGAAUGUUGCUGGGGACUCAGAAGAAAAAGAAAAGCCGGAUCAGAGUUGAAAUCUGAAUGACUGUUGUUAUAGAACGCAACCAUUUUUUGUAUAUUGCAUUACAAUGUUAAGUGUCAUUGUGUAAUAUUUAUUCAUGGCAAAGCUUUGAAUAACCUUUCUUAAUUUAAAUGCAUUACUUUGAUAUACUAAACAUGUACAUAACAGUUCAGUUUCUAUGCUACAUACAUAAACCUGGUAAGUGUGCAGGAUAGGAAUCCAAGUGAAAACACAGCGCUGCUAAAAUGCGCAUAUUCAUUUUAAAGGGGUAUUAUGUGUUUUGGUUUCCUAUCUGUUUGGUUGAGAGUAGGACCGACACAAUUUAUGUAAUAAUGCAACUUUCAAGGGUUUUUUUUAAUGGUAGAUGCCACUAGGGGCAAUAUUUCAGGCCUGGGUGGGAACUUGGGUAAAACCAUUAAUCUUCCGUUAGCCAGUCUGAUGUUUUUCUCACAUGAAGAAUUAUACCUAACGAGAGAGAUUUUGAAGCCAUAUCAGUAAUAGGCAAGUGAUUCAAAGUUAGCGACGACCAUUACCAUUCGGACAAGUAGGCUCCAUGUGUUUGACGUGAAAAGAAAACAUUUGAAUAAUGAAACAAAAAUUCAGUUUCAUAAAGUAAUAAUACAUAUUAUACAGCGAUCCUAACCAAGUACCAGAACUAAACAAAUAUUAAUUUCUAUGAAUGUAUUUCGCUGUAAAUAUAAUUAUAUUCGAAAGAUGUAAAAACGUUCUAUCUACGUACGAGAUUCUCGAAUUUGGUUAUAUUCUCUAACAGACAAUAUUAGAACAGGAAAAAUUAGAGUGAAAUAUUAGAUCUCCACAAAACUAAUGUGCCUCGUACUCAUUGAACUGCAAAACGCCUUUCUACAAAAUGCAAUGAAUGGUAAUAUGCCAAAGUGGAGUACAUGCAUGUAAUGAAUCCUUUGAUGAAUCCAUUAAACUAUUUUCUUGCAUAGCCUUAAAACCUUGAACGAAAUACUUUUCAGUUACUUAAUUAUUAUAUUUAAUUGUUAUAUGUGCCAUUAAACUUAAUUCUUAUUAGAUAAAUGUGCUUGGUGCUUGUGAUUGGAUAUAAUUUGUUUCUAACUACUGUGAUCUUCUUUAACUCUCAUUAAAUAAAACAAUUUACAAGUUUACAUGUUGUAAAAUGACGGCAUAAUAAGUCGUUCUUUCUUCGUGAGUAAAGACUUUGUUCCUACGUUGUUGAAGCAGACCGAGUUAAUAAACAAUCAUGGACUGUGUAAUAAAAAUCUGAGUGACACUGCCACAUAGGCAAGUGAAAAGAAAGACAUUUUUGGAGCACAUGGACCAAAACUUUGUCAGGGAUAAACACUCUCACGAAAUUUGAUAAUGAAUCUAUUAUAAAAUACUGGUUAGUACACAUCGGACAAUGUAAGUUGUAAUAUAAAUGUCAGUUGUUGAGCAAAUAAAUUUCCCUCCUAGAGCUGAAGCACUAUUCUCUUUAGUUUAUUGCAGACAUAAAUCUUCAAAAUAUUAAAACCGAUUAUUCCUAGCACUGUAUUAGGCCAACAAACGCGUAUUUAGCAAAGAUUACAUACUAUUUAAUGAGAAAAAAAUCCAACGAAUGAACACGUGAAGACGUAACAGAGUUGCUGCAGUGACUAGUCUCUCUAGUAACCGCCAUCAAAGUUUAUGUUGUUAAGCCGAUACUGACAACAAUAUGUAUUGUGUUGCUAACUAGAUGAUAUAUAUUUGCCUGAUCGUAAAUUCAACAUGUUAUCAAAUACAUAUGAUAAUGAAAAUAUUUUACGAAUACAAUUAAACUAUAAGGGCAUGUAA